CUCAACUCCUUCACUGCUCUCCUUCCUGACAGGACGCGGCGUUGGAUCUCCGUCUUUAGGUCAUGAUGUUGUCUCCAUGUGUGGUGCUGAUUGUCCUUGCAGCAGCUGUGAGUGGCCAGUGGUCCAUUCCUAUGCGCCAAAAUCUUCUCCCGGCCCUGUUUCCCUCACACUUCAAGCAUUCCACAUUUAGGCCUUUACAUGAAGCCAAACCGAAGCGCACGUCAUCCACUAGCGCUGGAGCAGUGGUAUGGCUGGACGAAUGCUCUCCACGCCAAGCCUACAUCAACAGGAAGCAAGACGCUCAGCUACUGUGCAAGGCUGUGGUUCCUGCUGGCACUGAGGUCACCUGGUUCAAGAAUCAUCUGCCUCUGUUGCGUCCGGGAAAUGAGCAGGAGAGUCUGAUGGCACAGCAGAUUCAGCAGGAAGUAUACGAAGAGAUAACCAACGAGAUCAGUAUUCCCAUGGCGGGUCCUGCUCCAGUGGCUCCCUCAAGCUCAGCCUCCGCCGCCCGUCUCCUCGUCUCUCCUGUGGUGUUCAUCAACUGCGCUGCCGAGAAGGACGAGGGUGAAUAUAGUGUGGAGAUGAGGACGCCUUCAAAUAACGUGUACUUCAGAAACUUUACUCUCAGUCUCUUUGGCGUGGGGGAGGAGGGAAGCACGUGCCAGAUCCCGACCAGCCAGUUGGAGAAUCAGCCUCGCAUCUACUACCACUCUACCUGGGUCUGGGCCGUGGUGGGCGACUCUCUCACUCUCCCUUGCCGCGCCCAGGGUAGAAAUCUGGUGCACACUUGGUACGUGGACAACAUCUACGUGGGAAACACAAACAGUAACUACCAGGUGCUGCCCAACGGUGACUUGAUCAUCAGGACAGUGGGAAUGCAACCACCCACAAACGUCACGUGCCAGGUGUCAACCAGUGACGGGACUGGUCCCAUGGACACCGUAACCACCCCCAUCAGGAUUCGCUCCCCGUAAUGACACAUCAACUGGAAGCCCGACCACUCAGAGAACCACGCAGACGACCGUAUUUCAAGACUAUUUCGAGGCAUAACAACAACUUUCUCAACGUGUUGGUGCAAUUUUUACUUAUCUACCAUGAGAUCAUGACGUUAUUUAGAACAGUAGCCAUUAAAUUAUGCAGAUGAGAUUCCCAGUAAUAUUUUGCAAUGUUCGUAGUGAACCCAAAAGAAGUGCAUUGAUGAAUAAAUGAAGCAGCAUCUACGUAUUCCAUCUCUUAUAUCCACACAUGCACAAUUCAUUAAUGUAUAUGGAACCUUGAGCUCUUUUUCGGAAAUAUAUACUCAUGAUUGCACUCCA